GUAAAAGGUAAAAAGUUGUUUUUUUCACUUCUUUCUUUUUCUUCUAUAGACUCUACUCAAUGUCUAUUACAAGAUAUGAUCAAAGAUUAUCAUUGAUUGAAUCCAUUGACUUUGGGAAAAAGACAACUCUUGCAACAGAAACCUGGGAAGAAGUAGGUACGGAAUUGACAGUUAUACCAAGAAGUAGUCUUUAUGAGCCUUACAUUCAACUGAAAAAGAGGAAAAACAAAGAAAAGUCAAAUAUAAAUGGUGAAAUACAUAGGAAUGGUUAUAGGGCUCUUUACGAUGAUAGUCAACAUAACAACAAGUACGAUCCAUUUAGGGGUAACUCCUUUGCUCGUGGAAAGAUUGGCAAACAAAGUUAUUUGAUCUUACCUUGUGGUGAUUCCUUGUCAUGUCUACGUAUUGUAUCUAUUUCGAUGGAAUCAUUGUAUUUGGAACGAAAAGCUAUUGAUGGGGAAAUAUCACAUUUUGAAGGUACUCAUAUACCAUUGGGUUCUCUUUCUACUGUUGUUACUUAUGAUAUGGGAUCGCCUAUUCUUCAGAUCGCGGUUUCUCAUGCAAAGGAUAUUACAAUGUUAAAGGAUACAAUGAUCAUUGGUAUUCGAACGAUCUAUUACACUGCAUUACUCAAAGUGACUCGAGACAAGAUACAAAAAGGACAACUUUCGGUUAGAUUGAUUCAUGAAUUCAAACCAAGAGAACAUUGUCAACCAUCUCAUAUCGUACUUAGUCCUUAUACUGGAUAUUCUUAUGCCAUGGUUGAUGACAAUGGUUAUGUCGCUGUAUUCAAUACCAAGCAAAUUGCACCAGACUGUCCAUUAGGUAUGGUAUUUGAAAUGGAUUUGAACUCGUUGAACAAAAAUGAUCGGUACAGCAGAAAGUGGAAAGCAUGCCUUUUUGGUCCUCAUCCUAAAAGUUUGAUCUUGGCCUCAUCUGAUAGGGUAGAACUUUGGGAAUUUAAGGCGUAUAGAAAGGGAAAAACUAUUUACAAAUGUGAUGAAACUGAUAGAAUCUAUUGUCUUGAAGGACUGAAUGUUCGAAACUCGUUUCAAUUCUGUAUUACAACAACUGAUCAUAUUUUAUUGAUGGAUGCAAGAUACCCUUACCUUCCAGUUAUUACUUGGGAACAUCAUCUGAAGGACGAUCCACCAACAUCAAUGCAGAUAUUUCAAGAUGAGUCAAAUCCUGAUAUUAUUAAUGUCAUUGCUUGGCCAGUCCGUACUGAUACCGCUAUUUAUCUUCAUUACAAUUAUAAUGGAAAAUUAGAAUACAAUGGAACGGAUCAAAUACCUCUCGUCAAGCCAGCAACAUAUUCUUCACCUACAUUUUUAUCUCUCAAAAAACACGAAUAUGAUAAUCUGUGGGAAAAUGGACUGAUUCCUACCAUUGGUGGUGCUAUGGAAACAAAGAUAUUACGUGAUUCAACAAAACCUACUGAUGGCGACUCUGUUUUACUGGCCAUUUUUUUCCGUGUAUUGAAUGAUGGUGCUAUUCAUGCUCAACUUUAUUUGAAUACUCAAGAAUCUUAUUUCACUUUAUAUCGACAAAUGCAACAAUAUACUUGGACUUGGCCUGAAAACACAACAAACCUUUACUGCAGGAUCAAACAGGAUGAUGUGAUGAUGAUGGAUCAUCUGGAAACCAACAAACGCGAACAAAAACUACGUGUGGGAAAAACGCAUAAUUGGAACGCCCAAUCCUUUUUCAGUAAUAUAAUUCAAAAUGCAGUUUUAUCAAGAUUAUCUGUUUCGAAUAAUCAAUUGAAAACAUUGACAGAUGCAGAUUUGCAUAUGGAUCGUACACCAGGGAAUUUAUACAACUUUGUGAAUCACGCUUACCUUACUGGAUUGGAUAAGAGUUGUUAUGAAGAACUUGAAAAUACCAUCAUGAAGCAAAACUUUAUUCAACCUACUCCUCAAAACAUGCCAAAUUCCCCCUUUUGGACACCUAUACCUGGUCAACGUGAUAUCUUACCGUCAGCGUAUGAAGCAUCUACAAAUUCAAUCUGCAAUUCUUUGGUCACAAUGAACACUACACAAAAAACCAAUCGAAACAAGCUCAAUGAACAGUUUGCCGAUGAUAUGUACAGACAUUUGAUGUAUUAUAUACCUGUGGCCAAUGAUGAUAGUCAGGACGAUGCCAUUCUACCUCCCAAUCAACAAAUGGAAUUCCAAUAUCUCCAAUUGAAGCAUAAAAAACAACAAGCACUGACCGUAUCCACUCGAGUUUUUGGACAAGAUUGGAUACCAGGAGAACCUAUCGAAAUACCAACAUUGAUCAAUGCCAAAACUGCCAUCGAUCAUGAUCAUCAACCUGUAUUCUUACGAUACAAAGGUCAACAACAACAACAACGACAACGACAACAACAACAACAAUAUUAUCAUCGUCAUGAUACUUCAUUGGACGAACAAGAGAUGGGAUUACCUCCCAGUGUCAUCACCUCUUCAACACAAGCCGUCUCAUCUACUUUGGAAGAACACGAUGUCUUCAGUGCCGUCGCUACUCAACCAUUACCUGGUGCCUUUGCAAAUCGACCUGCUGCUGUCAAGAAGAAAAAGAAGAAGAAAGUCUCUGGUUUCAUGUAGUUUAGAUCUUCUCUCUCUCUCUUUAUAUAAUGUAUACCCCCAUUUUUUUUUCUUUAUGUUAUAUUGUUUCUAGUAUAUAUUAGAUUUCAUUCAUUCAUUCCUUUUUUUCUUCUUCUUUUGUUUUUUUACAAAUAAUUCAUCCGUACAUAUAUUCAUUUUUCUCUUUGUAUAAAUAAACAUUUCUAUUGUCCUUUUUG